AUGGCGGCGGUAGCGGCGGAGGUGCACGCUAAGAACUUUCUCUCUGCUCAGCUCCGCGGACCUCGGUUGGUGCCCUGGGCAGCUGAUCUUCAACCACCACCAGCAGCAGCAGCUGAUCCUCAGCAGCCGCCCCACUCGCCGUGCGUGCGUGGGGUCCGCUCCUUCCCCUCAUCACCACCACCAGCAGCAGCAGCAGCACCAGCAGCAGCUGAUCUUCCACCAGCACCAGCAUCACCACCAGCACCACCACCACCAGCAGCUGAUCUUCCACCACCAGCAGCAGCUGAUCUUCCACCACCACCAGCAGCUGAUCCUCCUCCGCAGCCGCCCCACUCGCCGUGCGUGCGUGGGGUCCGCUCCUUCCCCUCAUCACCACCACCAUCACCACCAGCACCACCACCACCAGCACCUGAUCUUCCAGCAGCAGCAGCAGCUGAUCUUCCUCCACCAGCAGCACCUCAUCCUCCGCAGCCGCCCCACUCGCCGUGCGUGCGUGGGGUCCGCUCCUUCCCCUCCUCCUUCCUCUUCUCGCUGGAGCUGCAGACGGCCCUGGGCUUCGGGGCCCGCGCGCCCAGCGGGGCCUGCGCCGGAGGCCUCGCCUGGACCGUCGCCUCCGUGGGCCUGGUGGCGGCCCAGUGCUUGUGGGGCCUCGCCGCCUCCUCCGUGCUGCUGGGCUGCGUCUUUGUACGCACGGCCACAGCGCGGAGCCGCGCGGGGACACUCCUCUUCAGCCGCAGGGCCGUCGUGGCGCUGAGGGACGGCCGCCUCUGCCUCAUGGUGCGAGUGGCCGACCUCAGGGCGUCCAUGAUCGUCCGGGCCUCCGUGAAGAUGCAGGUGGUGGAGGGCUCGCGCACACAGGAGGGGGAGGUGGACCUCCUGCACCAGGUGGACUUGAGGGUGGAGGGUGGUGGUGGUGGUGGUGGUGGUGCUGGGGGUUCCUCCUCCUCCUCCUCCUCGUCGUCGAUUCUCUUCCUCGUGGCUCCCAUCGUCGUGGUUCACCCCAUCGGCCCGGCCAGCCCCCUCUACCGCCUGUCUGCCGCACAGCUCGCCGCGCACCCCCAGUUGGAGGUGGUGGUGUUGCUUCAGGGAGUGGUGGAGUCUACCGGCACCACCACCCAGGCCCGGGCCUCCUACCGCCCCGCGGACAUCGCCUGGGGUCACCGCUUCGUGCCCAUGUCCAGCGGGGGAGACACGCGGGGACACCACGGGGGAGACACGCGGAGACACGGGGGAGACACGCGGAGACACCACGGGGGAGACACGUGGAGACAC